AUGGAACAUUAUUAUUACAUCAUAACGACAUUGGUGUUGAGUUUAGUUUCAUGGGAAACGUUGUUUCGGAUCACAACAAGGUUUCUGUCAAACCGCUCUUUCGUUUUCUGCAACCGAAUCAUUUCCAUCAUCCAUGCAUCCUUAGCAGUAACGUUGGCUUCUCUGUCUGUUCAAGACUGGACCUGCCCGUUUUGCCCGUUGGCUUCCAAAGCUUCCCCUCUGCAGAUGCAGACGUUGUUGAUCACACUUGGGUACAUGGUACAUGACUUGGUGUGUUGUCUAUAUUAUAAGAAAAUAAAGGCUAGUGAUGCGUUGCACCAUUUGGUUACCUGUAUUGGAAUUGGAACUGGACUUGUCUAUCAAAUGUCUGGAUCAGAAUUGGUGGGAGCAUUGUGGAUUUCAGAGAUUUCUGGUCCAUUUGAAGACUUGAGAGUCAUUCUCAAAGAGCUUGGUUAUAGGGACACCAACCUCAAUCUCGCAGUUGAUAUAUGCUUCGCAGUUAUUUUCUCAUUUGCUAGGAUGAUAGGAGGCACUUAUCUCACAUAUCUCACUGUGUCUGCUGAUAAUCCAAUCCUCAUCAAGGCAAUGGGUGUUGGGCUGCAGAGUGUGAGUACAUUCUGGUUCUACAGGAUUGUGAGAAUUUGGAGAUUCAAAUUGUCAAAGAUCACUAAAUCUAAGAGUUAG